AUGAAUGCCACCGAGAUCUCUUUUGGGCUCUUAAUGCUGCUACAGAUCAGCAUUGGGGUCUCAGUAAAUGUACUGCUACUCCUAUUUUAUAUCCACAUAGUCUCCAAGAAAUCUAAGUCUAGCUCAUCAGAUCUGAUCCUCGCCCAGCUAGCCCUGGCUAACUCUAUAAUUCUUCUCACCCUUGGAAUUACAGAGACAUUGUCAGCUUGGGGUAUGAGGAAAUUCCUGGAUGAUGUUGGAUGUAAAAUCAUCAUUUACCUUUAUCGAGUGGCCCGAGGUCUUGCCAUUUGUACCACCUGCCUCUUGAGUGUCUUCCAAGCUGUAACCAUCAGUCCUGGCACCUCCUGGUGGGUGGGAAUCAAAGCCAAAUUACCCAAAACCAUCUUCCCAGCCUGUGUCCUCUCCUGGGUCAUUAAUAUGAUGAUAGAUUGUGAUAUAUUAAUGACUAUGACAGGUCCCCAGAACUGCAGCAGUGUUCAAAUUAUAUUGGAUCUCAAAUAUUGCUCAAGAGUCGGUGUCAGUGCAGAAACCACGCUGGUAAUUGCAGUUGUGAUCUCCCUCCGGGACUUGUUCUUUGUAGGGAUCAUGAUUGUGGCCAGUACGUACAUGGUGUUUGUGCUGCACAGACAUCACAGGCAAGUCAGGCACCUUCACAAAUCCAGUCACGCCCCUAGGGCGAUGCCUGAGGUCAGAGCAGCCAAAAGAGUCAUUGCCCUGGUGAUUCUCUAUGUCCUCCUAUAUGGGCGACAGUCAAUCAUGCUGAGCAUUUUAUUAAACAUGAAAGAAAAUUCUCCUCUGCUAGUGAGUAGUCAUAUGGUGUUGUCAUUUUCUUUCCCAGCCAUUAGCCCAUUCCUAAUGAUCCACAAUGACAGGAGAAUGAAACCAUUCCAGAAAAGAGAAUAUCCUAUUUCCUUCAAAGAUUCUCCCACAGGGCCCCAGGGGAACCGCCUACCUUCCCACUGA